CACAGAUCUCCAGAUCUCAACAUCUCUCCAGAUCCACAGAUCUCCAGAUCUCCAAGGGUUGAGUGAAGCGGAUUUAGAGUGAAAGAGCUUCUCUGUUCCAACAUGUCCCUGUACAGCUUCGGCUUGGAGCCUCUGUCCUGUCAGGCCUGGAACAAAGAUCGAACCCAGAUCGCCAUCAGCCCCAACAGUAACGUGGUGCACAUUUACCAGAAGGAGGAGAAGAACUGGACCAAAAUCCACGAGCUGAAGGAGCACAGUGGGCGCAUCACAGGAAUCGACUGGGCCCCGGAGUCCAACCGGAUUGUGACAUGUGCCUCAGACCGUAACGCCUAUGUCUGGACUCUGAAGGACGGUGCUUGGAAACCCACGCUGGUCCUCGUUCGUAUCAACAGAGCCGCUACCUGUGUGAAGUGGUCACCUCUGGAGAACAAGUUUGCUCUGGGAAGUGGAGCUAAGCUCGUCUCGGUGUGUUACUUUGAGAAAGAGAACGACUGGUGGCUCAGUAAGCACAUAAAGAAAGGAAUCUGCUCCACCGUCCUCAGUCUGGACUGGCAUCCCAACAACGUCCUGCUGGCUGCUGGAUCAGCUGACCUUCACUGCAGGGUUUUCUCGACGUAUAUUAAGGAGAUCGAGGAUAAGCCGGGUCCGACGCCGUGGGGAUCCAAGAUGCCGUUCGGUGAAAUGUUGCUGGAAAAUAAGGAGUGCGGUGGCUGGGUGCACAGCAUGGCCUUUUCUCCGUCUGGUGACACGUUAGCCUGGGUCAGCCAUAACAGCUCCAUCAGCAUCACCGACGCCACCUGCAACAAAGAGGUUACACAGUUGAGUACAGAUUAUCUGCCGCUGCUGAGUUUGCUGUACAUCAGCGAGACCGAGAUCGUAGCCGCGGGCCACGACUGCUGUCCCUACAUGUUCCUCUACAAGGGUCCUGGCCAGCUGGAGUUUGUGAAGAAGCUGGGCAUGACCAAGCAGUCCUCCAAGAACAGCAUGUCGGCCAUGCAGCACUUCCGCAACCUGGACAAGAAAGCCACGACCGACGAGGACGACAACGAACUGAACACCCUGCACCAGAACAGCAUCACGCAGCUGUGUGUGGUGGAGGGUGAGAAGUGUAAAGUGGAGAAGUUCAGUAGUGUCGGACUGGAUGGUUCCAUGGUGCUCUGGGAACUGAAGCCAUGAAACUUCAAGCUUCAUGACAGACAUGAUGUGCCAAUACCUGCUCCCACCAAAAUAUUUAAUUAAUUAUUACACAUCACAUCCGAUAAUUACAGAUCAGAUCAUUACACAGAUAAUUACACACCACAUCAGAUAAUUACACAUAAUGGCACUCGGAUGGCGCAGAGCUCUAAACGCUGGGUUCUGGGUUCAAAUCUCAGCUGUGUCACCAACCUGGGCAUCCAACAUGCAAAACUGGCAGUGUAACAGUACUUGGUUUUUGGUUCUGGCGGAAAUGACUAAAUUAAGAGAUGUAGGAGAAAAAUCUACUCAAAAAGUUUCAGUAAUUCUUUUUUGUCAUGAAUGUAUCUGAUUAUUACUUCUUUCUUGUUCUGUUGUAAUUUUUAAAAAACAGAUUUUACCCUGGAUAGAAUUUGGUGCUCUUGUUGUGAAUUGGCAGUGCAUACUGUACUUCAACAUCUUUUUAACAUCUAUAGUAUUUUUUUAUAAAACUUUUUUUUAUUUUUAACUGUCACAAAGACCACCGGCGGUAAAGUGUGAUUAUCACAGUAUUAGGGAUAAUAAUUUUUUAUGGUUUUUUUUCCAGAGGAAUAUAUUGUUGUUGUUAUUAAAUAAUUGUAGUUUCUAUAAUUAACCAGAUAAAUACUUAAAUAUUAUAAUAUUAAACUUACCACGAGUCGGAAUUUGAGUCUGUAAAGCUGGUAAUAAGUUUUCUUGUGCUGUCUUUAUAAUUAUUGGCUUAACAAUUUGUACUAAAUUUCCUAAAAAAUAAAAAGGUU